AUGGAGGAAGACGCUCCCGAAUAUAUCCGGCGAGAGCCCGAGGCCCUCAAUGCCUUUAUCCAAGAGAAAACGUCGCCGUAUGGAAGAGUCAUCCGUUCAUGGAAGAUGGCCAUCUUCUGGUCGGUUCUCUUUUCCGUCACCAUCAUCGGCGAGGGUUAUGAUCUGGCUCUCAUGGGCAACUUCUUCUCCUUGAGGCAGUUCCAAGAUCUCUUCGGCAGAUCUCACGGCCCAGGUCUUCCUCGUGAGAUCCCUGCUCUCUGGCAGAGUGGAAUGCUGUGCGCCGCUCUCGCAGGCCAGCUCAUCGGCAUUUACUUUACCGGACACUCUGUCGACCGCUACGGCCACCGUAAGACCGUCAUCUUCGCCCUUGGCCAGGUCAUGGUUUUUCUCCUCAUCGGCUUCUUCUCUCCAACCGUUAUCCCCAUCGGUGGCUCGGACGCAGGCCUCGGUAUGCUGUUCGUCGGCGAGCUCCUCAUGGGCGUCCCCUGGGGCGUGUUCCAGGCCACAACGCUGGCGUACUCCUCUGAGAUCGCGCCAGCCAAACUGCGACCUACCCUCACCACCUUUAUUAACAUGUGCUGGAUCUUUGGCCAGCUCUUCUCCACAGCUGCCAACAAGGCCGUCACACGUCUGGACAGCAACCUCCUCGCCUUCCGAAUCCCCCUCAUGGUGCAAUGGCUAUGGCCAGUCCCCGUCGCCGUUGGUGCCUUCAUCGCCCCCGAGUCCCCCUGGUGGCUCAUUCGUCAGGGCCGCUCCGAAGACGCCAGGAGGUCCCUCAGACGGCUCAACAGGCAGGCCGAUUUUCCUCUGGAAGGCCACAUCCGCGUCAUGGAGCUCACGAACGAGCACGAAAGGGACUCCCUGCACAGCCCGGCAGCGGCGAGCCGCACCUCCAGCAUCGCAUCCAAGUCCAAGAACGAACCGACCGUCCGCUACGCGCCCGCCGUUUCGGCAGAGGCAACCGCGGCCCGGGAGUCGCCCGAUGCCGUGCCCAGCUACGCCGACUGCUUCCACGGCAUCAACAGGCGGCGCACAGAGAUUGUCGUCAUGCUCAACCUGACGCAGCAGUUGUGCGGGUCGCCUACGACUACACGCUCGUCCAGUACGGCCUCGGUCUCGUCGCCAUCGCCUGCAGCUGGUCCGUCAUGCAGCGCGUCUGCCGCCGCGCCACCUGGCUCGGGGGCCUCGGCGCCGCCGCCCUCCUCAUGGCCGCCAUCGGCGCCCUCCGGCUUCUCCCGGGCCUCGGCCGCCGGCGUCCCCUGGGUCAUCGCCGCGCUCCUCAUCGUCUUCACCGGCGUCUACAACCUGACCCUCGGCCCGCUGACCUACUCGCUCGUCAGCGAAAUGUCCUCCACGCGCCUCAAGGCCAAGACGGUCGUCAUCGGGCGCGCCUGCUAUCUCGUUGCCGGCCUCUUCAACCUGUUCCUGACGCCCAAGAUGCUCGAGGACACCCCCAACGGCUGGGGUCUGGGUCCCCAGUCUGCGCUCGUCUUUGCCGGCUGGAACGCCGUCUUCUUCGCCUGGGCCUUCUUCAGGCUGCCCGAGACCAAGGGGCGCAGCUUCGCGGAGCUCGAUGUCCUCUUCAAGAGGGGCGUCAGUGCUCGGGAUUUUGGAAAGACGGUCCUCACGGCGCCGGGAGCAGUGCAGGCGCAAGGGUGA